AUGCUGCUGACGUGGUCGCACAACGCUCUCUGCCUAAGCAACGAUGCUUCAGGGAACUUUGUGGUCCAACACGUACUUAAACUGUAUGACUUGCGUUGCACGCAUAACGUUGGAGUUAAUCUCCGAGGCCAUUGCUUUGAGCUGUCGUUUAAGAAGUAUGGGAGCUACAUCGUUGAGAAGCUUCUGGAGGCGGAGGGUCGAUGGGAGUUGUGGUUGGGGAGCUUUUGGAGUGCGACGGGAGACAGGUUGAUGAGGCUGGCGAGGAAUGAGUUUGGGAGUUUCGUGGUGUCAAGGCACUGA